AUGACCUGGGGAGAGAGACCUGACUAUCGUGGAUCCUCUGGGAAGCCUCAACAACCUCAUGAUGCUGACGAGGCAGAGAAGAGUCUCUCCACAUCAGAACACCUCAAUAAACACCAGCGGAAACCCACAAGGAAGAAAUCUCACCACUGCUCUGACUGUGGGAAGAGAUUCACCUCUUCAACAGACCUUAAAAGACAUCAGAGAAUACAUACAGGAGAGAAACCUUAUAGCUGUGAUUGGUGUGGGAAGAGUUUUACUACAUCUAGCCAGCUGACUAUACACCAGAGAAUACACACAGGUGAGAAACCUUACCACUGCUCUGACUGUGGAACAAGUUUUGUUUCUUCCCAAUAUUUAAAAUCACACAAGAGAACACACACAAUAGCGAAACCUUACCACUGCUCUGACUGUGGAAAGUGUUUUGUUUCGUCACAAUAUUUAAAAUCACACCAGAAAACACACACAGGAGAGAAGCCUUAUAGCUGUGAUCAAUGUGGGAAGAGUUUUAGUCACUCAAGCAACCUGAUGGUACAUUUGAGAACGCACACUGGAGAGAAACCUUUUAGCUGUGAUCAAUGUGGGAAGAGUUUUACUUCAUCUAGUCAGCUGACUAUACACAAGAGAACACACACAGGAGAGAAACCUUACCACUGCUCUGACUGUGGAAAGAGUUUUGUUUCGUCCCAAUAUUUAAAAUCACACCAGAAAACACACAAAGGAGAGAAGCCUUAUAGCUGUGAUCAAUGUGGGAGGAGUUUUACUCACUCAAGCAACAUGAUAUCACACCAGAGAACACACACAGGAGCGAAACCUUGUGGCUGUAAUCAAUGUGGGAAGAGGUUUACUCAGCCAAACAUCCUGAUAGCCCACCAGAGAACUCACACAGGAGAGAAACCUUAUAGCUGUGAUCAAUGUGGCAAGAAUUACGCUGGUAAAAGAUCUCUGAUAAAACAUCAGAAAGUACAUACAUGAAGGGGUUGUUUCAUGAUAUCAAUGAAAUAAUGUCUCAAUGUAGAAUGUUUUAACAUUGUAGUAGGAGUGUUCUAAUGAUGUCACAAUGUAGAAUGCUUUAACAUUGUAGGAGUGUUCUAAUGAUGUCACUAUUUAGAAUGCUUUAACAUUGCAGUAGAAGUAUUUUAAUGAUGUCAUAAUGUAGAAUAUUUUAACAUUGUAGUAGGAGUAUUUUAAUGAUGUCAUAAUGUAGAAUGCUUUAACAUUGUAGUAGGAGUAUUUUAAUGAUGUCACAAUGGAGAACCCUAAAGGUUUGUCCCCUGAUCUAUUGAUUUCAGCAUGAUAUGAAUAUUAGCCUCAUGGAGAAAAGUACAGGCUCUGAAUUGAAAGAGUACUAUUUAUGUGAUCAACAUAAACACAAAUA